UGUGAAGCAGUUGGGAUGAAAAUCAGCACCUCCAAAUCUGAAACCAUGGUCCUCAGUCGGAAAAGGGUGGAGUGCCCCCUCCGGGUCGGGGAGGAGAUCUUGCCCCAAGUGGAGGAGUUCAAGUAUCUUGGGGUCUUGUUCACGAGUGGGGGCAGGAGGGAGCGGGAGAUCGACAGGCGGAUCGGUGCAGCGUCUGCUGUGAUGCGGACGUUGUAUCGGUCUGUCGUGGUGAAGAAGGAGCUGAGCCAAAGGGCGAAGCUCUCAAUUUACCGGUCGAUCUACGUCCCAACCCUCAUCUAUGGUCACGAGCUAUGGGUCGUGACCGAAAGAACGAGAUCCCGGAUACAAGCGGCCGAAAUGAGUUUUCUCCGCAGGGUGUCCGGGCUCUCCCUUAGAGAUAAGGUGAGAAGCUCGGUCAUCCGGGAGGGGCUCAGAGUCGAGCCACUUCUCCUCCACAUCGAGAGGAGCCAGAUGAGGUGGCUCGGGCAUCUGAUUCGGAUGCCUCCUGAACGCCUCCCUGGUGAGGUGUUCCGGGCAUGUCCCACCGGGAGGAGACCCCAAGGAAGACCCAGGACAUGCUGGAGAGACUAUGUCACCCAGCUGGCCUGGGAAUGCCUCGGGAUCCCCCGGGGAGAGCUGGAAGAAGUAGCUAGGGAGAGGGAAGUCUGGUCUUCCCUGCUAAAGCUAUUGCCCCCGCGACCCGGUCCCGGAUAAGCGGUAGAAGAUGGAUGGAUGGAUGGAUGGAUGGAUGGAUGGAUGGAUGGAUAUAUUAAUCACAAUGUACUCACAUUUAUAAUCCUUUUUAUCCAUUAUAUACUCACAUUUAUACUCAAGAAUGCUUAGUGCACUGUGUGGAAGUUUAGGGACC